UUUUUGUAUUUGGUCACAAAUUAAUAGUGAAUCUGAAUUUAUCCUAUUAAAUAUUCAGCUUCUAGUGAUAGCAAUAUACUAAUGGUCCAUUGUAAGAGUAGCACUUAACUGAGCUCAAUGCUCAUCAAUGCUCUGUGCAUUCAGUUGUGUGCACUUCUCAGCACUGUCUCAUAAAGACACAGAAUGGCAACUUUAAACGUUUAUUUAUUUGCCAGCAUGGGUCUAAUGUUAGUACUGACCUCUUUCCUGAUUUGGCCUUCUAUUUAUGAUCUCAGAUCUGCAACUAUUUCAGCUGACACUUGAUAUUAAAACUGUUUGGCAUAAGUGCUCUGACCCAUCUCGGCUCUAUACACAACAGUACCUGUGCUAAACACUCAUUUUAUUAACUGUAUUGUUUUCCUGGACCUCUGAUUUCCCAACAUCCUGUUCUGAACACACUUCUGCUUCCAUUUUCUCCAUUCUUUUUAAAGUGUAGGUGCCAUAUAUCAUGUAAUAUAGGUGGCCCAGCUGCUCUCUUUGAAGGGAACUAUGCAGGAGGGUCAUUGAACUCACUGAACUUUUACAUACAUAUUUUAGCCACAGGAACCGAAAAAGCAAAAAUGCCCUUGAAAUCCUCACAGCUGUUUGUGCUGAGGAGAACCGAAGGCUUUCAUUGCUCUUUCCGUGUCACGCAAAACUCCCUGCAAAUUCUACUGCUGACCUUUCGGGUGCCAAACAAAACUGUUAAGUAUCCCGAGGGAGAACGUGAUAGCAGUGAAUGCCCAGCUCCCAUUAACGCUGGCAGCGCUCCGCUCUCAAACCCCUCGUCAUUGGCUUGAAUCGCAGUGACAUCUGGCGGAACGCUCGGUACUUUCUGUACAGCUGUUCUGCCAUUUAUAGCUCCCGUUUGCUUUCUUUCCCGUUUUAGAUGAGGAUUUGCUUUACGCUGGGUGCAGCUCUGCCUGCUGUUUUCCCACCAUGGGGGUCAGCACAGCCCCGUGUCAGUCACAGCUCUGUGUAUUUCAGCGCCUGCACCGCGCUCUGACGGUAAUGAAAACGAUUUAGCAUUAAGCUCUCGAGUGAAUUACUUCAGUUUAUCGACCUCCAGCCUGCUGGCUCGUUUGUAUUACACCCUGACAUCACCGUUCUAAACGCGGAAGGGAGGAAUGUUAGCGGUGCUGGCACAGGGCGCUUUGUAAGGAGGGACGUGACCGCUCUUUACUCAGGGUUUCCCCGUCAGCUGCUGUGGCAGCCGGCAGCCAACGAGCGGCUCCAGGCGGGAGGAGCCGCAGGAACCGAGGCAGGAGGAAGAGCCUUAACCCGCCUCCUUCUUCCACCUUUGAUUGGCUCAGAGUCAGUGGGUCUGGGUGGGAUUGGCUGGAGGGAAAUGGCGGUUUUUUCCUCUCCCCGGCCGUGAGAUCAUCAAUUGCCAAAAUGGCAGCCAGGAGAGAGGUGCAGCAGUUUGAAAAGCUUAUUGAUGAAGUUACAAGGAAAAAAGACUUUGAAUUGUUAGAACAAUAUCUGGAAAGAGAAGACUGUGAAAAUAUCUCUUACAAAUGCAGCAAACAGUUUGUCAACAAGUUCGACAAGCUUCUGUGUCAGGAACUUGACAAACAAGAAAUCAAGAGCGUUUCAACUAUACUCAGUUCUCUUUGGAAAUGUGGGGAAAAAAUCAGCAUAGCAGGCGAAAAUGGACUCCCAGCAAUGAUAAAAUGUGGUCUUAUUGGAAAGAUGGUUAAUUGGUAUGAAAAGUUAAAAGAAAUUUUGAUUCUCAGAGGAAAUGAAAAGAACAAAAUCAUUACAAGUCUGGCUGAAGAUUUCUUCAACAUAUUGCUGAUUGCAUAUGACAGCAGACCUGAAGGUAAAAUGGAAAUGCUAGAAAACUUUGUUCUGAGAACAUGUACCAUUAUUACUGAUGUAAGAAUUAGUAUUUAUGUCCAGCAAGAGGUCAUAAGAAAACUUAAUUUAAUGCUUGACAGCAUGCCUCGAGAUGCCAGGAAAAAGAUAUUUUCUACAAAAGAAAUGUUGCUUGUCAUGAGUGACAUGGGUAGGAGAAUUUUGGAUGCUGGAGACUAUGACCUGCAAGUAGCCAUCACAGAAGCUUUAUGCAGAAUGAUACCAGAGAAACAAAGAAGAGAACUGGCAUGCCAAUGGUUUUCCAUGGAGUUUGUGUCCAAUGCAUUUAAAGGAAUAAAAGAUUCUGAGUUUGAAACAGAUUGCAGAAAAUUUCUUAACCAGGUGAAUGGCAUGCUUGGAGAUAAAAGAAGGGUUUUUACAUAUCCGUGUUUAUCAGCAGCUCUUGAUAAAUAUGAGCUACAGCUCCCAUUGGAUGAAAAUCUCGAAGAAUUUUGGAUUGAUUUCAAUGUUGGUAGUAGAAGUGUAUCUUUCUAUGUGGCAGCAGAUACUGCAGAUCAGCAAUGGGAAACAGUCAUUAUACCAGAGGAAGAGGUAGACCUAUACAACCUUGAAGAGAAAGAUUCAAAGAAAUUAUUAACAAUAGAUCUAAAAAGCCCAAUGAAUGUGGGUAACCAAGAAGGAGAGAAAUUUUUUUUAUACUUUGAUUCUAUCUUGGAAAUCGAAGAUGUAGCCAGAAAGAUUUAUGGAUUAAAUAAAUGUAAGGAAUUUAGUAAGAAGAAGUCUAUGUCAGUUGCUAAAACGACAGUGCAUAUCGUCUUUGAUGAAAGUGGAUCACAGGUUAUGGUACCAGAAAGUCAGUUGUCACCACGUUUGGAAGAAAAACAUGAAGAUGACAAAUUCAGUAAGAGCAAAACACCGCGAAUUCCAGGGAGUCAGAGGUCUUUGAAUAAAAACAACCAAGAGAAAUGCAAAAAUGGCUCCCCCAAGAUUACCACAUCUUGUAAAAGGAAAGUGUCUGAAGCAUCUGUGCUUAUUCCUGCAACUGCAAGAUUUUCUACACGGAGUCCACUGGUGUUUCUUAACACAUCCACUCCUUCUAGAGGACGAUUUAAAUUACCUUUGAAAAUGAUGAGCUCCAUUGAAAGGUCUACGAGUAAUGCAGUAAAUGGGAGCAGAACUAAAAAUUUAGAUCAGGAGCAUACUGAAAAUGGGCAAAGAUGUACAUCCGAUAAUGAACUUUGUGAAGCAGAGAAUACCAGGAAGUCAAAAAUCAGAGAAGAGGCAGAACUACCAGGAAAGAGAAUGAGUUCUGAAGGAGUUUUAAAAUUUUUACCAGAGGCAGAAAAUGAAGCCACUGAAAAGCAAACUUUAGAUGAUGCAUUAGAUAUCAUUCCUGAUUCCCAGCGAGCAGGGAGAAGCAACAAACAUCUACCGCCUGGUCAUCUGGGAAGUGCUUCUGAAAAAAAAACAUGGAAAAAAAGAGCAUGCUCUGUCCCUGAGAAGAAUAUAACAACUGGUGACAGACAAAAGCUAAAUCUGUCAUGGGGACAAGCAUCUCCUACAGCUCCUAUUCUUAGUGAAAGAGCUAAGAAACAUAAGGCUUUUAGUUCAAUUUUUGGAGGCGCUUCUCCAGAUAAACAAAUAAAUAAAAGGAAACAAGAAAAAAAUGAAACUGAAAUCACCAGGGAAAGAAGCUGCAAAGGAGUGAGUGUGUCAGAAACAUCUUGGCAUUCUGAUUUUCCAAAAAACAACAAUACUAAAGGGGAAGCUGAUGUUCUUUCAAGAAAAGAGGCUACAGAUCAUGAAAAGUCAAAAACGAAAAUAAAAUCUAAAGAAAUCACAGAUGCAACAAAAUCACUAAUUAGUAAGAUCAGUGACAGAUAUAAAGAAGAGAAGAGCAAAACAAGAGACUCUUUGGUUUUCAACAGGUCAUGUUCAAAUAAAUCCUUUUUGACUGCCAAUAAGGAAAAUAUUCAGGAUAGAAAUUUGAAAACUUCUACUUGUCUUGGCAUGGCUGCUGAUCCUAGUGUGUAUGAUGUCUACAACUUCAACGACGAUGUGGUUGAUGAGCCUACAAUAAAAAUUGGAAUCCAAGACUGCUGUGUUAUGGAAGCAAGCACUCUUAAAGAUCUGAACAAAAAAGAGAAACCAGGUGAAAGUAAAACUGGCUCUGAAAUGAAAGCAGGAGAAAAAACUAGAUACAGUCAAUACAAAAAGCAUCUUUUCAGUGACACAGACACAGAAUACAGAGGUGAUGACAGCAAGACAGACAUCAGCUGGCUACAAAAAUCCAAAGCGCCAUCUAAGCCACAGAUAGUUGAUUACAGUAGAAUUAAAAACAUAGGGAAAUCAAAAAGAAAAGGCAAAACAUCAGAUAAAUUCUCUGAACCUCCUUGCCAGAUUGAUACACCAAAAGGCAAAACAGCAAAAAAGAAAAAGGUAAAUCUAACUGAAUGUAAAAAACAAAGUUCGGUAAUUGAUGAAAUGAAGAAAGAAACCACCAGACCAAAACGACCUCGAAGAGCAGCGCAACCAAAAAAUUACAAAGAACCUUCCAGUUCAGAGUCAGAAAAUGAAUAUUCAGCAUGUGCCUAUAAGGGAGAGAAAUCAAAAGUACAGAAAUGUGUGAAUGAGAAAAACAAAAAUGAUAGUCAUGAGAAGGAUCUCCAGAACCUGGUGGAGCCCAAGACAGUAGCAAGCUGUGUAAAUAAAGCACUUAUUAAAUCAAAGAGCUCUACAGAAGAAAAGGAAAUUGAAAUGUCUUCACCUGAGAGUCCUGCAUCUCUAGAGAGAAUGAGAUGUGCUGAGAGAAUAUCAGAGGAAUUUGUUACUCAAGACCGUACUUCUAGCGAGGGGUCACCUGGUCUUCAGAAGUUAACACCAGAAAUUGAGGAAACAUUAAACUUUGAGAAAGAUAUCUCGCCCAGUAAUCUCUGUCUACAGAAGAAGAAUACACCAAAUAUGUAUCUAAACCGUUCUCCUGAAAUGACUGUUAAAAAGUUAACAUUUGCAAAUAAAAGUUUCUCACCAGUUCUCACUGCUUCAAAUUUGCUCAACUUAACUUCGUUAACCCCACAUAAAACAUACUCUGGAAAAAACACAGAGGGAUCUGUAUCUCAAAUAUGUGAUGCUGAUGAAAACUUAAGUUUUAGACGUGGCUUUUCAGACAAAAUUUCUAUUGAAGGAAAACAACAAGACGUUACUAAACCUGUCAAAAAAAAUAAAGGAGAGGAAUUAUCUUCAGCAUCUGUGUCAGUAUCUUUGUCCAGUGCAAGUGAAGUACAGUCUUGGAGUCAAGAACCUUAUGGCCCUGCACAUGAGUCAGGGCCGAGUUCACAUGUGUUUCUCAAGCGAAAGUAUCAGCGUGAUACAGAAAGCCAUUCUGAUGAAGCAGAAACAAGCAAAGAGGAGGAAAAGAGAAGAAGUAGAAGAACAACGUUACAGCCUAGAAAGUUAUUUAAAACAGAUGAAGCUGUUACUUACAGAGAGUAUGAAAACUUGUCUGCUGUAUCUGUAAGUGAUCCAGCUGCUUUGGAUGUGGACAUCUGGGAACCUGGUUGUUCAACUAUUGAUAUAUGUCAGAAGCUCCAAAAAGAAUACACUAAGAAAAUUGAGAGCCGCUCACGGAAAAUGGAGCAUUUUGCAAAGCAAUCAUUAAGAACUGCCAACCAGCAUCUGGUAACGAUGAAUCAACAGCUUCUUGAAUGCAGGAUCGAGCAGCUGGACAGAUUUCACUUUGUUAUUCUUCAGGAAAUUGAGAGUUUUGAGAAAGAUUCUCAGUCCCUGAAAAACACGGAAAAAGAAUUACUGACUGUUUGGAAAAAACAUAAGCAUACUUUAAGUACGUUCAUGAAAAAUGAGCAACAAAGGCUGCAGAUCCUUAAAACAGCCUUUGAAAAGAACAUCCACCAUAGUGUUGACUAUGAAGAAAAUAUUUUUACUUCAGAGGUGCAUCUGAUGAAAGAAGACAUGAAAGGACUCCAAGAGAAAUUCCUUAAAGAAAUGCAAGAAGAGGAACUGAUUAAUGUUCGCAGAGGAUUGCAGACAUUAUUUCUAGCAGAAGGUGGAAAAUUCUGAAGUACUUCCAUAUACAUUCCUGAAACUCGAGCUCAAUAUAAACACUCACUUUUUAUACAAAAUUGGUUUUUUGUUGUUUUCUUUUUUUGUUGUUGUUUUUGUUUGUUUGUUUUUUUUACUUAAAGAAACUACUGCAAUGUAAGCAUAUUUUCAUUAAAUUAAAUGUAAGUCUUAUAACAAAGACUUCUCCAUAAGACUUCUAUUUCUAGAAUAAUUUGGGAUUUUACUGAAUCUACUAAAAUACAAUACAUAUAUAUUUUCUAUUUUUAGCUAAGUCUGUCUUUGAGGAAGUCUUUAUUAACAUUUUUCUUAGGUAAUUUAACUGAGCUUUUAGAGAAAUCACUUCAGAUUUCACUUCAAAUCUAUCUCUUGAGUUGUUGUGUACAGAAUACCACUUUUCAUCUUAUUUCUGAUUCAGAAUACAGUAAGAAAUUAUUUAAGGAUCCAGUCUCAUGUGCCAAUCUCAAUCCUAUCCUUAUGUGGCAUUAUACUUCAGUAAGAGUUUCUAACAGAAAAUGACUGUAAAAUUUUAUGGUUGAACUAUAUUGCAAAUAUUUAUAUUAAAUAUUUCAAGAAAAA